AUGUGGGAACCUCAACGUAACAACCAAAUUGGUUAUAUCUCGGGAUGUCUAAUCAUGCCCGAUUUUAUCAAUCAAAUGCAAGGACCCGGUGCUACAGCUAUAACUUCCCACAAUCAAUCGAUAAUCACUUCAUUACUUUCAGCUGGAACGUUUUUCGGUGCUCUAGGUCAAGCGUUCACCAGUGAUACUUUAGGCAGAAAACAUUCUAUCCUUGCUUGGUCAGCUAUUUUCACCAUUGGUGUAGUUGUUCAGGUUUCUUCUUUCUCCAUCGCUCAAAUCAGUGCAGGUCGAUUCGUAGCUGGUUUAGGUGUAGGAGCUUUAUCUGCUGUCGUACCUUUGUACAUUGGUGAAGCAGCGCCGAAGAAGCUUCGAGGUACCUUGCUAGUCUUAUAUCAAGUCCAGAUCAUCUCCGGUUUGUUCUUGGCUUACCUUGUCGAUCUUGGAACUCAUCAUUUACAAUCAUCAGCAUCAUGGCGAAUCCCAAUUGGACUUCAACUUGUUUGGGGAGCUUUCUCAAUGGGAGGUUCAUUAUUGUUACCUGAAUCACCUAGAUUGUUAUUAGGAAAAGGAAAAGAAAAACAAAGCUUUGAUAGCCAUUGCUAA